AUGGAGUGUGCAACUAAAAGCUUAGAUCAUGUUGGAUUGGAUGAUAAUAGUGAAACUCAGAAAUCAUUAGAAAUUCAUUUUUGGAUAAUUUCUAGUUGGCCAACAAUAAAAAGUAUAGAUUUAUUAGAAUGA